AUACACAGGCACCUCCAUCCCUCUCCCUCCCUCCCAGACUUUCACAAUCAGACCCGCCGCACCAGACCCCGGACUGCCACCACCUCCGCCGCCUCCCCUCCGCCCGUGCCCCCUCUCCCCCCCGGCAUGACCAGGUCAUCCAUCCUGUCCUCCUUUGGCCCCCCAGCACCAUCGCCCUCAGCGCUACAGCAGCACCUCUACCACUCGCUGCUCGAGGGAAAGACUGCCGACGUUGCCAUCCAUGUCCGCGGCUCCUGGCACGCAGUCUAUCAUCUCCACCGCGUCGUCCUUAUCCAAUCCGGAUUCUUCAGCGACCUCUUCACCGCGGGCUUUGCCGAGUCCACCUCCCGCCUCAACAGCCACUUUGCAGGCCCCGACAGAAUCGACGUCCUGUUCGACGACCACAACAUCACCCGCACAGCCUUCGAGAUCUGUAUCGCUCGUCUCUACGGUGGCGGCCCCUCGCUAUAUCUCCCGCCCUCCUUCAUUCCAACUCCCUCCGCCCCUCUGACACCCGCCUUCUCUGCUUCACCCCCAGCGGAUGUCGACGCACCACCCGGUCACCAUCCGACAUCGCCGCGUCUCCUUCUCUCCCUCCUCGCCACCGCCCUCUACCUCUCCAUACCGUCCAUCGCAUCUCAUGCCCUCGCAUCCAUCAUCGCCUCCGUUGGCCCUUUCACCGUUGUUCCCUAUCUCAACUUCGCCAUAGGCCACGGCAUUCCAUUGCCUGCACCCUCAGAACCCGAAGCCGCUCUCGGUUUGGAGCACAUUGCAGAGCUCAUCUACGACGAGGAAGAAUCCGAGGAGCACUCUGACCACGACGAGCAGACCGACUCUGCACCGGACUCGGAGGCGACUUCGCCAACUACAGCUGACAUCAACGCCCUCUCGUACGUCGACGUCCAGAAAGCAUCGUCGCCCCGGCAGGCACGACCGACCCGUCCACCGCCCCCAGUUCCCUGCGCACACUACGGUGCCGUAUCCGACAAAGUUGGCGAGGCCGCCGCAUGCUGGCUCGCUCGCUGGGGCGCCGACAUGCUCCCACACGAGGUACGUGCUGACGCAGCACUGUCUGCAAAGGACAUAUCUUCGCCCGUGCCCGUCUCCGCGUCCGCUCCUGGCCCAUCGUCUGCGCUCUCUACGUCGCGCAAGCGUGCAGAUACCUUGCCCUCCCAGAGCUCGAGCGCCACUGACGGUCCCAGUCCGGCGCCCGCCCGUGUCCCGGUGAUCUGGAGACGCGGCGGCCUCGGCCCCGCGUGGGUGCGCGAGCUUGUGGGGUCGGACGCUAUGUUUGUGCGGGGUGAGCGCGAGCGGUACGACAUCGCGCGAGGCGUCGUCAAUCUGCGCCGCGCCAGUGCACUCGCCGAGACGGGCAGUCUCGAUUCCGAGGACGAACGCGAGUUCGAGACAAUGUUCCGCGACGGCGUAUACUACGCCAAUCUGACCGUCGAGGAUAUCAUCGCACUCUCACAUGACAUCUCGCCCCACACCGGCCGACCGUACGUCCCGCUGCCUGUCCUCCAGGCUGCGCACUGGUCCCAGUCUCUUCUUCGCUGUCAAAUCACCGCGCGGCCGGGAGCGACGGCUAGCGGAAAUCCGCCUGGUUCGCCAGCGAGCCCUCACCCCCGCGAGAAGGAGCUCGGGAUGUCCCUCUCCAUGGAUGACGUUCGUCUACGGCUCAACGGUGGUGGCAACGCUCUUGGCAUAGGCGCGCUCGGCGUAUUGGACGAAAGCGAACGCGUGUAUUACCCCGUCGCCGUCGACGCGUCUCACCGGAUUGGCGACGCCGCUCACCUCGAGAACACGACAAGCAUGGACGCGCUCUUCCGCCCGUCCACCGCCUCGUCCUCGGGCUCAUCGGCCAACGAAUCGCGCCUGGCGACGUCCGAGAAGAACUUCUUCGGGCUACAAUCCGAGCGGCGCACCGCAGCGACCAUCGUCGCCGACUCGACCGCCGAGCCCCCCGCGUCCUCGAGCACAACGUCCCUCGCCCCCGCGCGCUGGACACCGUACGCGCCGUGCCGAUUCAGCGCCGAGUUCUGGGACGUCGACGCGCUCCGCGAGAAGCAGCGGCUGCACUCGCACACGGUCUGGUACGCCGGCUCGCUCUUCAAUGUCUACGUCCAGGUCGUGCGCAAGAAGGCGUCGAGCAGCAGUCCCGCCGGCGGCGUCCAGCUCGGCGUGUAUCUUCACCGCCAGAGCUCCGUCGAUACCAUUCCGGCGCCGUCUGCGCCGUUUGCACCCGCGGGGCUAUCGCACCACGGGCACGGGCACGGCGGCGGCGGCGGCGCGCACGUCCACGGCCGCAACAUCUCGCUCCCGCAGAACCACGCCGGCGGCUCGCUCCCCGGCGGCAGCGCCUCCACACCGUCGAUGAUCCACUUCUCGCCGUCCAUCCACCCGCCCUCGCGCAGCGGCACACCCUCCUCCGCACCAGGCACCGGCGGGAGCUCCGUCCUCGCGUCCUUCCUCCCGCAAUCCGUCAGCACCUCUUCCUCCACCACCGGCGCAACAACAUCGACAUCGACACCAACAACAUCGCACACGCUCCCCGCGCUCGGCCCCCCAACCGCGCCCCCGCAGCCAUACCGCGACCCGCGCGCGGCCGUAAGCGCCUACUUCGUGCUCGGCUGCGCGUCCGCGACCGGCGGCGCGCUCACGCGCUUCGCGAGCGGCCCGGACGUGUUCAGCGUCUCGCAGAGCUGGGGCUGGAAGAGCUCUGCGCUGCGCACCGAAGAGUUUCUCGAGCUCGGGCCUGAUGGCGCGCCUGUUCCCGCGAGCAACGGCGCCGGCGGCGCUGGCGGUAGUGGGGGUGCGGCGCCGAGGGAGUGUAGUUUGCGGGUGACGAUUGUGCUUGGGCUUGUUUGAAGUGUCUCGGGCGUUCUAGUGUGACAAAGGAAAUACGGGACGAUGGGUGCUGAUUUAUGAGGAUGCCUACGCGCUCGUAUGACACGGACUUGAUAGAAUUAUAGUACUGUAGCUGUAUUCCGCAUCUAUGUAUGCAAUGUCUUCACAUCUCACGACAUAUGACACGAUUCAACUCUUACAUCGUUGAUACCCACCGCACUACUCCAUGCCCAUACCUCUCGACGCGCACACAAUCGAGCGAAC